AUGGCUAUCACUUCUCUCCAACUAUUGUUGCAUUACAUUUUUCGUGCAUGCAUUGUUCUCUCUUUAGGCUUGGGCCAAACAAAUGGUCAACCGGAAACUUAUCGAACAAUCAUUGUUGAUCAAUCAGGCCAUGGCAAUUUCAAAACGAUUCAAUCCGCUAUCGACUCCAUUCCCUCGGACAAUAACAAAUGGAUUUGUAUUUACAUCAAAGCCGGAGAGUAUAGAGAACGAGUCACAAUUCCUAGAGACAAGCCAUUUGUCUAUCUUAAAGGAGAAGGGAAAAGAAAAACUAUUAUUGUUUGGGAUGCUCAUGGCUCAAUUACCACCAGUGCUACUUUCACGUCUGAAGCUGAUAAUAUUGUUGCCAAAGGCAUAGGUUUUAAGAAUUCUUACAACAAUCCACCAACAAACAAAAAUCCAGUGAAGGUGGCAGUGGCGGCUAUGAUUGUCGGCGAUAAAUCUGCCUUCUAUGGGUGUGGAUUCUUCGGGUUUCAGGACACUUUGUGGGAUGUUGGAGGGCGACACUACUUCAACUCUUGCACUAUCGAAGGAGCCAUUGAUUUCAUAUUUGGAGCCGGUAAAUCUAUAUAUGAGAGAUGUUCCAUUUCAGUAAUUGCAGGAGCUUUAAACGGCGGCGGGCCAGGGUUCAUCACAGCACAGGCAAGAUCUAGCAAGGAAGAAACUAAUGGGUUUAUAUUUAAGGAUUGCAAUGUGUUUGGGAAUGGAAAAACCUAUUUGGGAAGAGCAUGGAGAGCUCAUGCCAGAGUUAUAUAUUACAAUACACACAUGUCAAACAUUGUUGUUCCUAGUGGAUGGGACGCUUGGCAUUCUGUUGGCAAAGAGAAUCAAUUAUUUUAUGCCGAGUAUGGCUGCAAAGGAUUGGGAUCAAAUAAUUCAAGCCGCGUUGAAUGGGAAGAGAAGCUGGAUCAAAAGACAUUGUCGUUGUUUACCAGCAUGGAGUUCAUUGAUAACGAAGGCUGGAUGAGCGCACAAGCUUUCAACAUGUUAGCUUGA